UAGUUAGGUUAGAACAACAACCACCCUCCCCAGAACAAGUACGUCUUCGUUCAGGACGGAAUUCAGAACGUACGCCUUUAAGGAGUAGAACAUUUGACUCAACAGUGAUGUUUAUUGGAAACUAGCCACUAGACUGUAUCGAGACACACCUGUAUAUUAUCGGGAUAUGUAUAGAGAAACACAGUUCAUUAAAUAUAACAAAAAUUACAAUUAAUCAAUACGGAGAACAUUUUUAAUCGGGAAAGGAAAGCGGACGAAAAAAAAUAUAGCGUUACAUAACACAGACAGGAGACAGACACAGACAACAGUGUACGAGCCGGACAGACAUAGCCAUGUCCAAAUUAACGGUGGAAGCGCUGGAACAGCACCACGAGACCAACGCGCGUAGACGUCUGUCCGUCAUCCACAAGGACGGGUCGGACAGCACAGGGCUCAACGUGACGGGCCCAAAUCUACGUCGACUGUCCCGUCCCGAUCACAGACUCAGCGUACAGUAUGGCUACACGGGUCGACGGCCGUCCCAGGUCUCCCGGACCAGCAUCUCCGGGUCGGUAGGACCAAAACACAUCGGAAUACCUAUCAAGCUACAAAACACAUACAGACUCGAACCUCUUCCCAAAGAAAAGUUUGACCCAUCAAAAGUUAAUACCAUCAUGUAUAACGUUCUGGAAUCUUACCUUGACGGCGAGAAAUACGACCCCAAAAUGUGUUCCAAUCUCGCUCAGAACCUCACGGACGUUAUAAAAAAUCGCGUGAAGGAACUUGGUUUUGUGCGUUACAAACUUAUAUGUAAUGUCAUAAUUGGUGAAAAUUCCGCACAGGGCAUGCGCGUGGCUAGCCGAUGUCUUUGGGACGCCAGCACGGACAAUUUCGCGCAAGCAAGCUACGCCAAGGGAGAGAUAUACGCCGUGGCCACUGUGUAUGCAACCUAUUUUGAUUAGAGAUUUGUUUUAUUUACGUAUUUUAACAUAGUUAAACACAUGGUGCCAAGGUCAUCAAGGUCAGUGUGCAAGUACCAUACCGUAACGUGUAGGGGAGGUAACCGUGUCGUACGAGGUUACAGGUGAAGUUCCAGCGCCCCUAGCAACGGUGUAUGCUAUAUCAGCCGACCAGUAAGGUGUUGUCUUGAAUGGAGCAGAGUAGAAUAGGGACAUUCAAGGCCGACGAUCUUUGAGAAAGUUUGGCAGAGUGGGAGUUUUAAGUUGCCGAUGACAAUGUUGUAGGCGGUAGACAGGUAUUGUGGCGUCACGACAGGGAUCGGCGAAUUUACUGCCGAGUGUCAUACCUGUGACAUGCUUCAGACACAUAUAAAUUUUCAGUAAGGUAGUGUCAUACCUGUGACAUGCUUCAGACACAUAUAAAUUUUCAGUAAGGUAGUGUAACACCUGUGACAUGCUCCAGAAACAGAUAUAAAUGUUCAGUAAGGUUGUCAGUCAUCCAGGACCUCUCUGAAAUGUAGUGUAAGGUACAAGCGAUGAUUUUUAUAAGACUGUCCCAUCUUAAGGGUGUAUGUUACCUAGCUGUUCAAAGUGUUUUUUUUAAGUUCCACGCAUUUGAAACCUGUUUGUUGCUUUAAUAAAUAGGAAAAAAAUAUAAGUUACUUGUCAGGAAGUGGUUAACAGCCGAUUAAUGUAGAUAUUAUCAAUGGAAGUUUUCAAAAUGGCCAUAACUAACGAUAGGAAGUUAAACAAUACAAAAAACAGAUCCUUGAAUUGAGGUUUUUUUAAAACAAAUCCCAUGUAUGAUGUUUAUAAGGGGCAUUGACCUCUAGUUACACGUUCAUUUUGAGUGUUCAUAGUUGUAUAUUGUGAUAUAUCAGACUACCGUCCAAAUUAAACUAAUGUUGUAACCUA